AUGGCAUCAAAAAAGACAAAGGCCCCUGCUGCCGACGAUAACUUCGACGACCUAUUCUCUGGAAUCGGUAGCGACGCCAAGGCUGGGAAGCCUGCGCCCAAGAGCUCCAAGGCCGGUGCUGCCAAGGCCGCCGGCGACAAAGACAUCCUGGCCGAUCUCGAAUCACAGCUUGCUGCCGAACCUCCCACCUCUCGUCCACACACGCCCCGUCUCGGAGGAGCUGGCAAGCGGCCAACUGCCGGAGCUCCUGCUGGAGAAGACAAGCGCAAGUCGACCGACAGCGCUCGGAGUGCCCGCGCCAGCUUCACGCCCAGCGCCACGAGCUCUGAGCUUCAAGAUGCCGACAAGAAGGUCGCUGCCGAGCAGCAGCAACAGCAGCAGCAGCAGCAGCAGCAGCAGCAGCAACAGCAACAGCCCGCAGCAGCAGGCGGCGGCUGGUGGGGUGGUAUCAUGUCCACAGCUAGCGCUGCCAUGAAGCAGGCCGAAGCCGCUUACAAGGAAGUCCAGCAGAACGAAGAUGCGAAGAAAUGGGCUGAGCAGGUAAGGGGCUUCAAAGGUCUAGACAUUGGAGCCCUUCGCCAUUAUGGCGACGAUUUACGCCAUCGCGCACUACCAACCUUUACCAACAUUCUCAACACCAUUGCCCCGCCCAUUAGCUCCCACGAGCGUCUUCUUAUCCAUAUCACACACGACCUCGUCGGAUAUCCAUCGAUGGAUCCUCUCAUCCACAGCGUAUUCUCCCGCGUCAUGUCGCAAGUCGAGGGCGGUGACCUACUGGUCGUGCAGCGUGGCCAGGAAAGCGGCUCUCGCCGACCCCGCGAGAGCAAUGCUGGCUGGCGAGAUGGCCCUUGGUGGCGCCAGUCUGACUCUGCUCGAGAGCUCGGCCUGAUCAAGGGCGUCACGGAAGGCACUAAGCUCUGUCGUGCCAAUGCCGAGGGCUACUCUGAAGAGUACUUUUCCGCCAACGGAGGUGUAGAGCAGGCCAAAGCAAGGGCCACGGAAGACUUGAGCGAGACCAACCCUGUGCGAACUUCGAAUCUGUUCUUGGCUAUCCAAGCUAUCGAGACGGACGAUGACGGCACGCUGUUUGCUCGUACUGCAUCGGCCGAAAAGGACAAGGACGACAAGGACGACAGCAAGGAAGACAAUAGCCAGGUCUCGUUUGCCAUUUUUAUCCUUGAUCCACUCCAUCAAAUCGAGUAUGGCACUGUCAGCCAGAGUAUUCCUGCCAAGUGGGCACGCUGGCUGGACACCAAUACUCCUCUCACGCCCAAGUCCGGAGAUGAAGAGCAGGCAGACGUUGACCUGUCCAUCCCGACGGAAAUCCGUGACAUUAUUGAUAGCGGUGCUGUUGAUCCCAGAGAAUGGGUCGCCGAAUGGAUCGAAGAGACACUUUCUCUAUCAAUUGGUAUUGUGGCCCAGAGAUACGUUGCACGCAGAAUGGGAGUUGGCGAGGACAGCCUGGGCAAGGCCAAGAGAAAGAUGGAGGAGCUGGUGUAUGAAAAUGCGGGAGAGGCUGCUCGAGCAGGAGCCAUUUAA